AUGACGCUAGUGACGAGCAGUUGGCUACUCGAUGCAGUCUUGCUGUUGGUACCCCUGCUUUGCUGCUACACGACGCGGAACUUCGGCUACUGGAAGAAGCUGGGAAUCCCCUACAUGCAGCCCAUUCCUUUCGUCGGCAACAUGGGCAGCGUGGUGAUCGGCCAGAAGCACAUGGGGGAACCAGUGCUGGAGUGCUACCGUAGAGCUGGUAACGCCUCCUUUAUGGGCAUGUUCGCCUUCGACCAGCCGCUGCUGAUGGUAAAGGACCCAGAACUUGUAGGCCGUAUCAUGUCCACAGACUUCUCUACCUUCUACGCCACCAAUGCGAAAUGCGAUCCAGCUGCUGAUCCGGUGCUUUACAUGUCCUUGUUUGGACAACAUGGGCAAGGGUGGAAGAAACUGCGCACGCUCCUUUCUCCUGCUUUUUCUUCUGGAAAAAUUAAGCUCAUGUUUCACCUCAUUAACGAAGUCGGGCAGAAUUUGGCACGUCAGCUUGAGGCCGCUGUUUCAGAAGGUGAGCACGUGGAGCUGAAGGACCUCACGUCACGCUAUGCUACGGACGUGGUGUGCUCCGUCUUCAUGGGUGUGGACGCGGGGGCGUUGCGUGCCGGCGACAGUCCCAUCCGGGCGCACCUGCGCAACAUCGUCAGAGACACACCCCUGGGCAGGAUCGCGGCCACCCUCAGUUUCUUCGCCCCCCGAAUGCUGUCCAUCUUCCCCAUCCGGUUAGGAGAUAAGCGAGCUGACGACUACUUUGUGCACAACACUACGAAGCUUAUAGAACAGCGCAGGAAGACCGGCAUGAUACGAAACGACCUUAUAGAUAUGCUCCUGAAGACGCAGGAAGACCAUCUGUCUGAAAAGGUCGUGAAACAAGACGUCACGAAUGGAUCCUGUGACUCAUUUGACAAGGCAUACAAGAUGACGAACGAGAGCAUCGCGGGGCAGCUGAUGUCGUUCCUGCGAGCCGGCUUCGACACGUCCGCCUCCGCGCUGGCGUUCUCCGUGUUCGAGCUGGCGCGCGACUGCGAACUGCAGCAGCAGGUGCGGCAGCGCCUGAGGGCGGUGCUGGGCAGGCACGGCGGGCGCGUCACGUAUGAGGCGCUCAGCGACAUGAGGGACCUCACCAACGUCAUCAACGAGGCGCUGCGGAUGUAUCCGCCCGCUAACUUCCUGGACCGCGAGGCUUCGCGUGACUACCAGAUCCCGGGGACCGAUAUUGUCCUCCCCAGAGGCACCGGCGUCGUUGUGUCCGUUACAGGCCUUCACCACGAUCCCCGCUACUGGACGGAACCGCACCGGUUCAUUCCAGAUCGCUUCAAAGAAGAGAACUCAAGGGACAGACCGAACUAUACAUUCCUGCCCUUCAGUGCUGGGCCCAGGAUGUGCAUCGGGAUGAGAGUUGCAUACCUGCAGGUGAAGAUCGGCCUCCUACACAUCCUCAACAACUUCGAAGUGUACGCAGUGCCGGCAACGCCUAACACUUUGCGUGUCGACUCAUCCAAACUGAUCGUCACCCCAGCCGGCGAAGUGGUCCUAGGAUUCAGAAGGAUCCCUGCGAUGUGAAGACUCCCGACGGUCCUCACUCACAAGGCCAGGACAGCAACAAUCAUGAACCUGCUGGAGCUGUAACGCUUUUUGUUACUGAGUGUCUUCUAUAUCAUCACUUCGGUACCGAAUCACUUGUCUUUCAUAACAAUUGAUA